AUCCGUGCUCAAAGAAUCCUUGCAAGAAUGGUGGAACUUGUAACAGCAGUUCUGAGGGCUUCAAAUGCAGAUGUCGCUGGGGAUUCUCUGGAAAUGAUUGUUCCCUUGAGGAGUGCCAUAGACCUCUGGGUAUACAGAGCGGUAAAAUCGAAGAUUGGCAGAUCACUAUGCGACCCUUUCGUUAUGACAGAUAUGAGCCCAGACCUUGGAGACUGCUGCUUGAAGCGACAGGAGGGAGGGAGGAAGCUUGGAAACCCUACUGGAGCUAUAGAGGCCUAUGGUUUCAGGUUCACUUCCAUAAUGAAUACACUUGGGUAACUGGGAUAGCGACACAAGGAAGGGUGACUACAUACAAGCUACGUUAUCGGAGAUACAGAGUUUGGCCUAGGUGGUACAGAGAAAUAGGACAAAGAUAUGCAAAGGAAUUCACUGGAAAUACACACGAAAACACUGUUGUUCAUAACAUUCUUGAGACACCCAUCAGAGCAAGCGUCUUUCGUAUCUAUCCAUGGACUUGGAGAGGAGCGAUAGAAAUGAGGAUGGAGCUUUAUGGUUGUAAAGACGUAUGUUUGUACAAGCCAUGUAAGAAUGGAGGCACAUGCGUCUCUGAUUAUAUCAAUGGGAACUACACAUGCGUUUGUCCUGAUGGAUUUUACGGUGAUACCUGCAGAUUAGGUGACUUAUGCAAGCUUAGUAAUCCUUGCUUAAAUGGAGGUAACUGCUCAGCAGUAAGAUCCUGGCCUUAUUUCAAAUGCACAUGUCCUUUCAAUUACACCGGUUUCGACUGUGGAUUCGGGAUAGGUGAUCCAUGCAAUAAUAGCUUUUGUCUUUACAAUGGUGCUUGUGAGCGUAUAGAGUCCUGGCCGUACAGCCGAUGUGAUUGUACUUUUGGAUACGCUGGUUUUAAUUGUGGAACCCACAUAGGCUACCCCUGCUCUAGCACUUCCUGUCCAUCGGGUUGGACUUGUACGCCCGGAGAUGGGUCCAAAGAUUUUCAUUGUGAUUAUAAUGUGUGUUCCGCUAACCCUUGUCUCAAUAAAGGAACAUGUACACCGAAUAAUAACACACUGGGUUUUGAAUGCAGCUGCCCUUCAGGGUAUAUUGGAUUUAAUUGUGGCCUUCCAGCAGGCAAUCCGUGUUCAGAUAACUCUAAACCUUGCAAAAAUGGCGGAAACUGUACGCAGGAGAAUAAUGUCUUAGGAUACACAUGCAAAUGCACAUCGGAGUAUAUUGGGUUUAACUGUGGCUUUCUGAAAGAUGAUCCUUGUUUUCCUAACCCUUGUCGAAACGGUGGAAAUUGCUCAAGAGAAGAUGGUCUGCAGGAUUUCAUUUGCAAUUGCACCCUUGGAUUUAUUGGUAAAAGAUGUGAGAGCGAGAUUGUUCAUGGGAAUUGGAGUCGCUGGACACCAUGGCCGAACUGUAACAAGCCGUGUAAUAACGGAACACGAACAAGGAGGCGUGCAUGUGAUAACCCUAGGCCAGCUUUUGGUGGGGAAAAAUGCAAAGGGUUAACCUUUGAGUCUGAACGCUGUAACCAAGAAAAGUGUCCAGCGGAGAAUGUAAAAUACCAGGUUAAGCUAAGAGGUGAAACAUGGGAAAAUUCUCUUGCGGAGCAAGGAAGUAAAAAAUACGCGGAACUUGCGGAUAGAAUUAAAAAAGCUGUUAAGGACUUUUACCACAAGAGGAAUGAAAAUGUUGAAGUUGAUGAGCUAAAUUUCAAGGGAGGAAGUGUAAUUUGUAGUUUCAACGUCACCUACGAUAGCAUAGACUCGUUACAGAUCGUCUCUUUCCUGGAGGAAAUAGCAGGAGGAUUACUGGGGGACAUUCCAGUUGAGUUACGCGAGAUCGAAACCAGUAACGUACCUCAACAAGCUCCUGUGGUUUUGGAACCCAAAAGCUCCAAAUCGACAAGUAUUGUCAUAAAGUGGAGUAAAAAUCAUUCCGACCAAACUCUGGGUCACAUGAUCGUCUACAAAGAAGCUAACAAAAAGUUCACGACUAACACCACGAAGUCAGUUCCACUCGAUACAUCUGAGGCGAUGCUGGAGGAUUUGAAAAAAUUCACAAAUUAUACCAUCCGUGUGUUUGCCUUUUCGAGUAAAGGUAAUGGGGUGCCAAGUGUUGCUUUUACUGUAAGAACUCAAGAAGAUGUGCCAAGUGAGCCACCCCCUGACAUUGUUGUCAAAUCAACAAGUUCAAGUACAAUUCAUGUGUCCUGGGGGCGGAUCAGCCAAGCUUUCGUACACGGAAUACUUAUGGGGUACGAAGUUAGUUACACAAAGGAUGACGAGUCACCAGCAUGGGAAAACAAGACACUUGAUGCCAACGCACAUGAAACAGUUUUAAGUGACCUGGAAUAUUUUACACCGUACAAAGUUGUGAUCUGCGCGAGGACAUCUCAAGGAUGUGGAAAAAAUGUCUCUCGAAGUGCUACCACAUUUGGUGAUGUACCCAGUAAGCCUCCACAAAACGUGACAGCUGAGAGAUUAAAGGCUGCAGAAUCCAUC